UUGUAAACAAAAUGCCAGAAUCGAAAGUGAAAGUUUGAAAGAUUUCUCAGCGAUUUAGUGAAAAGUGGCAACGUUGACAGGAACUCGAAGAGCAAGAUAUUCUCUCCUUUAUUGCUUGGUACGAAAAGUGUAUUUUUUACUCAGUUUGGAAGGUGGUAGUGGUUAAACUGGUAUGUACGUUUGAUCAAAUGAGCUGUCCUUCAAAACCUGCACAGAAACGAAAGAAACCUAACAUUGAAUGUGAAAAGCCUGCGAAGAAAAAAAUGGCUUGGGAUUCAUACAAUUCAGUUAAAGAUUUUGGUUACGAGUUUAAUGAAGAGGGUCGUCUUGUCAUGAUCGAUGAUAAUGAAGCUGGUUUUAAUUUUUAUAUCAGUGAUGACCACUCGUACAAUCAGAAAAACUAUGAAAUGCUUGGCGAGGUCAUAACGGAAUAUGUUUAUGAACUAAUGCAAAGUGAAGAGAUUGGUUUGGAGAAGUUAGAAAUACCGUUAACCAAAGAAUCAUCUAUUUUUCCCAACAUUAAAAAACAGAAGAGCAAAGAUGGUGCUAAAGGAUUCAUUUUUGUGAGUAAAGACUUUCACUCAAAAGAGAAAUUAUUAGUCCUUGUUCAUGGCUCUGGAGUGGUGAGAGCUGGUCAGUGGGCUAGGAGGCUAAUAAUUAAUGAUUGUCUGGACCAUGGAACCCAGAUUCCUUACAUCAAGAGAGCAAUAAAGGAUGGUUAUGGAGUUGUUAUCAUGAACACCAAUCAAAAUGAUACAUAUGUUGAUGUGAAAGGGCAAAAAGUCUGGAAACAAAUCAAGGAAAGUGAGUCACCAGAGAAACACUUUUCUUACGUAUGGAAGAACAUCAUUUGGAAGACAUCUGCAUCAAGAAUCUUUGUUGUGGCUCAUAGCUAUGGCGGAUAUCUUGUUGUUGAUCAUUUUUCCAGUUCUCCAAAAUGCCUCCCACGGGUUGUUGCUGUUGCGUUCACAGACUCAGUUCAUAGUUUCUCAAGAAUGUAUUGCAAAAAUGAAACAAGAAAUUGGUUUAUGAAGAACUCUGUAAACUGGGUUUCUUCAGACAGUGACCUUGAUACACCAAUGUCACAUCAGGAUGAUGAGAAACAUGUCACACGAGUUUCUGCUGGAACAACAAAACAUGAAGAAACUUCGUGGAAAGCAAUGGAAUCAAUUUUUAAAUAUUUCCAAAUACAAGAAUCCGAGUUUGAUAACAUAAAGGAGAACUCAAAGAUGCAUGGUAAGAAAUCGUCAAAUAAAACAGGGAGAAGGUUGGCUUGUAGUUUUGAUAUGACUAUGACUGGCGAAUCAAACAAAGAAAGCACGUCACAUAGUGUUCAUAAGAGUGAAGAGAGUUUUAAAGGUAGGUUUAAUGAACCAGACAGAAAUGAGAAAGGCAUAACUGAAGUCAGCUCUGAUCAACAAAAUGUGGCUGGUGAGGGCAGUCCUGAUAACAGUGCUGCUGAUAAAGAUGUGGCUGGUGAUGGCAAUUGUGAUGACAACCCUGAUCAACCAAAAGUGACUGGUGAUGAGGACAAUCGUGAUGACAUCUCUGGUCAACCAAAACUGACUGGUGAUGAGGACAAUCGUGAUGAUAACUCUGGUCAACCAAAACUGACUGGUGAUGAGGACAAUCGUGAUGAUAACUUUGGUCAACCAAAACUGACUGGUGAUGAGGACAAUCAUGAUGACAUCUCUGGUCAACCAAAACUGACUGGUGAUGAGGACAAUCAUGAUGACAUCUCUGGUCAACCAAAAGUGACUGGUGAUGAGGACAAUCAUGAUGACAUCUCUGGUCAACCAAAAGUGACUGGUGAUGAGGACAAUCAUGAUGACAUCUCUGGUCAACCAAAAGUGACUGGUGAUGAGGACAAUCAUGGUGACAACUCUGAUCAACCAAAAUUGACUGGUGAUGAGGACAAUCGUGAUGACAUCUCUGGUCAACCAAAAGUAACUGGUGAUAAGGACAAUUGUGAUGACAGCUCUAGUCAACCAAAAGUGACUGGUGAUGAGGACAAUCAUGAUGACAACUCUGAUCAACCAAAAUUGACUGGUGAUGAGGACAAUCGUGAUGACAUCUCUGGUCAACCAAAAGUAACUGGUGAUAAGGACAAUCGUGAUGAUAACUCUGGUCAACCAAAAGUAACUGGUGAUAAGGACAAUCUUGAUGAUAACUCUGGUCAACCAAAAGUAACUGGUGAUAAGGACAAUUGUGAUGAUAGCUCUGGUCAACCAAAAGUAACUGGUGAUGAUGGCAAUUGUAAUGACAACUCUGGUCAACCAAAAGUAACUGGUGAUGAGAACAAUCAUGAUGACAACUCUGGUCAACCAAAAGUAACUGGUGAUGAUGGCAAUUGUAAUGACAACUCUGGUCAACCAAAAGUAACUGGUGAUGAGAACAAUCAUGAUGACAACUCUGGUCAACCAAAAGUGACUAGUGAUGAGAAGAAUCCUGAUGACAACUCUGGUCAAGUAAAAGUAACUGGUGAUGAUGGCAAUUGUGAUGACAAUUACUCUGGUCAACCAAAAGUGACUAGUGAUGAGAACAAUCAUGAUGAUAACUCUGGUCAACCAAAAGUGACUGGUGAUAAGGACAAUCCUGAUGACAACUCUGGUCAACCAAAAGUGACUGGUGAUGAGAACAAUCCUGAUGACAACUCUGGUCAACCAAAAGUGACUGGUGAUGAUGGCAAUUGUGAUGACAACUCUGGUCAACCAAAAGUGACUAGUGAUGAGAACAAUCAUGAUGAUAGCCCUGGUCAACGAAAAGUGAUUGCUGAUAAGGUCAAUCCGGAUGACAACUCUAGUCAAUCAAAAGUGACUGGUGAUAAGGUCAAUCCUGAUGACAACUCUGGUCAAUCAAAAGUGACUGGUGAUAAGGUCAAUCCUGAUGACAACUCUGGUCAAUCAAAAGUGACUGGUGAUAAGGUCAAUCGUGAUGACAACUCUGGCCAACCAAAAGUGACUGGUGAUAAGGUCAAUCCUGAUGACAACUCUAGUCAACCAAAGGUGACUAGUGAUGAGAACAAUCCUGAUGACAACUCUGGUCAACCAAAAGUAACUGGUGAUAAGGACAAUCAUGAUGAUAGCUCUGGUCAACCAAAAGUGACUGGUGAUGAGGACAAUCAUGAUAACACUGCUGGUCAACAAAGAGUGACCACUGAUGCAGAUAAAGACAAGGAAGACAAAUCUGAUAAGAAUGAGGCAUCCAAUAGCCAGGCAAUCACAAGUAGUGAGUAUGAUCAGGCCACAAGGACAGAUGAAAUAAAUGACAAAGAGCAAAGUAAAACACUUAACUAGCAUUGGUAAUAAUUGAAUAAUAAUUGAAGAUACUAGUACCAGGACAAAACAACCAAAGGAGGGGGUGUUAUUUAGGUAGGUAAGACAAUUGUAAGGUGUGGUGGACCUCUAAUGGAUCAGCUAGUUAAUACUUUCACUACAAAGUCCAAAUUUACAAUUUUUUAUUGAAAAACAACUCUACGCCACAAGUAUAAAUAUAACUCUUUAUAUUGUUUUGUAUCUAAUCUUGAUUUGUGAACAACCUCCAAUCUUAAAAAAAUUUUUAACUUCA